UCCCGUCUCUCCUGCCAGUGAAGUGGACAUUUCCGCAAACAACCGUUUGGUUAUAAAAGCCAGCAAGGAGACAGCGUUCUUCACACAGGAGACACCGCGCGACCGUGAUUCGAAGCGCCCUCUCCUGCAGACCACAACCGCCACCACCGCUUUUCACCUGAGCUAAGUCCGUGCUGCCCGAGGAUUUGGAAGCAAGAUGAGAGCGCUACUUUUCAUCGGCUUCCUUGUCUGCUGCCUGGCAGCAUUUGACCUUUCCCAAGGAAUCACCAUCGCCAUGCAGUCACGCUGCCCGUGUCGCCACUCGCGCAACGUGCAGCCCAGCACCAUCAAGAAGCUUGACAUCUUCAAGCAGGUCAACUGCCCCAUCCAAGUCAUUGCCAUGCUGAAGAAGACGGGGGAGCGCGUGUGCGUGAACCCCAAGAUGCGCUGGCUGCGGCAAGUCACUCAACAGAUGCGACGCUAGGGGCGGGCAGAGGCGGAGGUGGAACCUCGCUCCUGAGUCUGAACCCGUCGGAGUACCCCCCCCCACCCACCCACCCCUCCUCCCCCACCUCUCUGAGCUUUCAAAACCUCCCAGAUUGCUUCUGCCCAACCACUUGCGUCCGCUUACCCUCGGGCUCGCCCCAAAACAUUUCCGCGUGCUCUCUCGCGCGGUGGCGUGGCUCCGGAGUGUGCCGGUGGUGCAACUGCACCGGGUGUGGCCCAGGCACCGGGUUACAAAGUGGGGCUGUGGGGGAGGGGGGGGGGAAACGGGAUACUUUAGAAGGGGCCCCCAUUUCAUCCCCUUGACCGGGGCCGAUGCCCACCGUGCUACACGACUGCCCUUGCAGCCACUAAACCGGGGUCCUCUUGCAUCUCCCGUUCUUCCGUGCUCCCAGACAUUCUCCCUCUCGUGCCUGUCAACCGACGGGGUCAGAGGCAAGGGCUGGAGGAUCACACAGAUUCGUGAAACCCCCAAACCCAUUGGGCUGUUAGUUGGUCAGGCGGUAGCAGUACAGCGAGCGGGUUUGUGAAUCCACCUUUUUCAGAGCUUUGAGUGUCAUCCCUCUCAUAGGCAAGGUGGGCUUUUCUCGCAGAACUCCAGUUCCCUCCCACACAAAGCCAAACAGCAGUCCAUGGAAAUGGCCAACCAUCCCAGUGUAGGACCCUCUUAAAAACGGAGCAUUGAAACUCGGUGAUACAUUCGUAGAUAGGUAAAUACAUAGCAUUGUUAUUAUCAUCAUUUGCAAUUUUCUCCCUCUCUCUCUCUCGAUGCUAAGAGCACUCUUUCCCUCUCCACCGCAUGGCAAGCAAAGACAAAGAUCCCCCAAUAGCCAUUCAGGCUGUGCUCUUUGCGACAAUAGCUCAACCGCACAAUCGCUUCUCCCGUAACACCCACGUGUGUACGGUGAACGCCUUUCGAAACGUCCGUAGCCAACCGCACAAAUCGGAGGCGCGCAGAGGCUGCCUGAACGACGUCCCUCCCGUCCUUCGGCUCGCCUCUGCGCGCCGUUGAAAGGCUGCACAUAGCACGUGGCGGCCCGGACUGCUGGCCUUUGAUGGCGUUUGCCUCGUUCGAUCACCCCCCCCCCCCCCCUACACACAAUCCCCCGAUCCUACAGGCGCUGCGUGGUUGCUGCCGCGUGAUUUCUGUCACGAGAGGUGAGCUCUGUGUCUGACAUGAGCCGUUGAAAUGAAAUUCUGACAGAUGCC